CAAAAAGCGAGAGAGAGAUGGGAAAUGGAAAAUGAAGUAGCAAGUGCCUCUUCCAAGGGUUUCUAGGUAAAUGCUGUCAAAAGGAAAUUUUCAAGUACUGAGAUUUUUGGGAAAUCUCGUUUCAUUGGGAGGCAGUACUAAAUGGGAUGUUUGUGCUUGAGGAAGGCCACCUCCUCACCCUCAGUGCCGCCGGAUAUCAUGCACACACUCAAGAUGAAAACGGCAUUAAGUAGAAGUCAGAUAAAGUAUCUUUACAAACGGUUCUAUCAGUUUUCGGGUGACGGCAAAGAUCCUCCAACUCAGCUGCACAAGUACAACUUCUACUCGGGCCUACUGCAAUUGAAUCCUCUGUUGCCAACCAUCUUGAACUCCAUGUUCGGGGAUAAGAUGACCAUCAGCUUUGUGGACUUUGCCCUAUUUCUGAGCACCUUUCAGGCCCACUCUCUGAAAACCUCUAGGGAACUGAAAAACGCAAUAAAGGAUAAGAAGUUACAGUUACUCUUCAACAUGUACGACCACAACAAAGACGGUCGCAUCACAAAGUAUGACUUGGUUAUAGUAGUGCACAAACUGUUCUCAAAUCUUUUGAAUCAUGUACAGAUAAUGCGGAUAGUGGACACCAUGAUGAAGGAAAUGGAGCAGUCGGAAUCAAAUCACAUAUUGUUCGAGGACUUUUGCAAGGCCUUGGAGGUCUUUGACAUGACCGAAAUGAUGGUCACCUGGAUACCCGAGUUCCAUGGCCGAACAACCGAUGAUUUGCACUGAUUUAGCUUUGCAAAUUGAUUUGUUUAUUAAACAAGGGAAAAUGUUUAACACAA